AUGUCAGAUCCUGAUCAGUAUACUGCUGGCUUGAUAUGUACCCAGGUGACGGAAUAUGUAGCUGCUCGAGCCUUUCUUGACAGAAAACAUAGCCGGACGGAGAGGCUUUCGCCAAAUGACAAUAAUCUUUAUACCCUGGGAGAAAUUGGAAGCCACCAGGUCGUUAUAGCUGUUCUUCCGGAUGGCGAAUACGGGGUAUCAACCGCGGCGUGUGUUGCUCGGGAUAUGCUACACAGCUUUCUAAACAUCCGAUUCGGCCUGAUAGUAAGCUCGUGUCGUGGUGGACAUGCUGGCUUGAUCCAAUAUGACUUCGGCAAGGAAUUACAAGGCCAGGACUUCCUUCAGACAGGGCGGCUAAACCAGCCGCCUCUCAUCCUGCGCACUGCAGUAGCCGGACUCCAGGCGCAGUAUGAGGAGGAGGGACAUCAGAUAGAGGACAAUAUCCGCAUCGUUAUUGAACACAAUACAAGGCUGAGGCGUAAAUACGCACGGCCUCCUCCCGAGAGCGAUAGAUUGUAUAAAAGCCAUUUCCACCCCACUGAUAACCCAGAUAUCGGUGCCAGGCUGUGUGAUGGGUCGAAUUUGAUUGUUCGACAGGGGCGGACGGAGGAGGAGGAGGAUAAUCCCGCUAUCCGCUAUGGCCUGAUCGCAUCUGGAAACAGAGCCAUCAAAGAUGCGCUAUUCCGUGACAGGCUGGCAGCAGAGCAGGAUGUCUUAUGCUUUAAAAUGGAAGCCGCUGGGCUGAUAAACCAUUUCCCUGGUUUGGUAAUUUGUGGAAUUUGUGACUAUGCUGACUCUCAUACAAGCACAGAAUGGCAAGGAUAUGCUGCUAUGAUGGCAGCAGCAUAUACGAAAGAUCUCCUAUACCAAAUUGUUCCUCAAAGGGUGAAGUCUGAGCGGAGAGCUAUCUAG